GAAAAAAAGAAUUAAUAUUUUUCUUAAAAUUUAAAAAAAUGUCUAAUAUUUUAGCUAAUAAUUCUUAAAAAUAAUAUAUUUAAUUUACGAAAAUUUAUUUGAGCCAUAAAAAUUUAAUAUUUUAUAUAAUAUAAGAUAAGAAAUGAACUGCAAAUUAUCCACUUCCAAAAGAAAACAUUUGAAUAUUAUUACCCUGUCAAAUAUCGUCUGCUCAUAUCUCUUAAUCGUCUGCCUUUUAUUAAAUUCGUUUUUGAUUUGCGCCGCUGAAGAAGGAGAUGAAGAAGUUAUCGAAGAUUUGGUCAGGGAAGCCUUCGAAAAUAUGGUAGAUCAGAAGGAUUACGUAUCCGUUAUAUUUUACACCAAAAAUUGUGCCAAAUGCGACGAAGUGCUUGCCGAAUUGGAGCACAUUGAUGACGAUGCGGGUCGUUACGGAAUAGAGAUGAUUAAAGUGAACAAUAUAGAGGAAGCCAAAGAGCACGGUGUAACCACUUUUCCAGCUUUGAUCUUUUGGAGGAAAGAGAUUCCCAUCUUAUACGACGGAGAAUGGGAUGAUGACGCCGUUUUAAAAUGGCUUUUGUCUCACAAGGAAAGCGUGGUGAGAGAACUAAACGACGAAAACUUUGAUAAAAUCACCCAAGUUGCUCAAGGGGGUGCCUCCGGUGAUUGGUUUGUACUAUUCUACGAACCUUCGAACAAUAAAACUGCAGAAAUAAUGCCGAUUUGGGAACUAGUCGCGUCAAAAUUGAACAGCAAAAUGAACAUAGGCAAAGUCGAUGUCGAAGUAUCGGAUGAAUUGGAGAAUAGAUUUGGUGUUAGAGAAUUUCCUGCCGUUUUAUUCUUUCGAAAAUCCAAACUCUACACUUACAAUCAACCAGAAUUUAGCGCUAUCAAACUCAUGUCUUUUGCCUCCCGCUGGUACAAAACCGUCAGGGGAGAAAGAGUUCCUCAAAAAGCUUCCUCCUUGGAUGAAAUAGUGUCAAAAAUGGAAUACGAAUUAGCGCAAAGAAAUUUUAUGCUAUCAGUGAUAGGGGCCUCAGCCGCUCUAGUUGUUGCUUCGACCGCUUUGAUAGUUGUGUUCAUAGGGAUAAGUUGGAUGAGACAGCCGUCAAUCACACCUCCUUUCUAUAAAAGUCUGAAGAAAGAAUAAGUGAACAAAAAGGAAGAAGAAAAAAAACAUUACAUAUCCAAAAAUAUUAAUCAUAUUUUUUUUGCCAAAUUUCUAAUCUUAUAAUGAUAUGUACUACCAUAAAUGGGAAUAUUUAUCUAUAUGUGUUAAGGGCCGUCACGUGAUUAUAGUUUCGUACCCUAAAAAAAUAAUUUUAAAAAAUUAUCAAAAGUAUAAUUUAUUCAACCUUAAACUAAACUUUUGCAAUGGGUGCUAGCUAUAGUCAUUCCUUUAAUUUCAGUCAUUUUAUUUUAAAAAUAUUUUAAAAAAUUUGAUAUAAUUAUUAAAAAAAUCUGACCCUAUAUACAUAAAACUUGAUUGGUGAUUCAUUCAUUAAAUAAUUGUGGUUUGCGCGUCAAUUAAAUGUAAAUAAGACAAUUAGUCGACCUUCAAACCAUAAAAUGGCGCUACAGUUGACUCCUAUGUAAAUAUAUACUUUUAAUGAAUGAAUCGCCAAUCUAGUAAUAUAUCUACAUUAUUGCCCUUUAGCUAAAAAAACAAACUAUUAUCCGUUUAUUUGUAAUUUUGUAUUUAUUUUAAGCUUUCAAAAAGGGAUUUUUUUAAAAAAAAUUGUAACUUUAGGAUAAUAAGCUUAUAUAUAAAUGAAUGAAUCAAAAUGUUUUUUUUUCCUUCAAAAAAAACAUUAUAUUAAAUAAUAAUUAUAAUAUUUUGAAGAAUUUACUUAUUGCUACAAAUUUUAACGCCAAAUAUUAUAAUAAUUUUUAAUUUCAAAAUGUCCAUUUAACAUUAUAUAAUAUAAUGAUGUAUUUUUUUUAAGGAAAUUGUGAUUUUCCUUUAAUUUUUUUAAAAAAGAAGAAUUUAAUUUUGGGUUUGUAACCAUGAUACACUAUACAAUCU